AUGUAUGCCAAGGGCAAAGGCUCUACGGUACCUUCGGACGCUCAGGCUCGCGAGAAGUUGGCUCUAUAUGUCUACGAGUACUUACUACACGUCGGGGCUCAGAAAGCGGCGCAGACUUUCCUUUCAGAAAUACGAUGGGAAAAGAACAUAACACUCGGCGAGCCGCCCGGAUUUCUCCAUUCGUGGUGGUGUGUAUUUUGGGACCUGUACUGCGCGGCGCCAGAGAGGCGGGAUACUUGUGAACACUCGUCAGAAGCUAAAGCAUUUCACGACUAUGGAUUCGUUAAUUCUGGCUACGGUGUUAACGGAAUUGGUCACAAUGCCGGCCCUGCGCCUCCAAACGACGGUAUGGGAGGAGGUGGAAUUCCACCAGGUUUCUUUCCCAAUUCAUCACUCCGACCAUCACCACCUGCUCCCCAUCCAGGAUCACAACCAUCACCCCAUGGACCUCAACCACAGUUGAUGGGGACUGGACAACCGUUUAUAGGCCCAUGGUAUUCUGGUGGACCAAGAUCAGCAGUCAGGAUGGGCAUGGGCAAUGAUUUUAAUGGGCCUCCAGGCCAGGGCAUGAUGGGCAACUCGCUGGAGCGCGGUGGCGGUGCAGGCGCAGGGAUGCUGGGCGGGCCGCGUAUGACGCCCCCGCGCCCCGGCAUGGGCCCCAUGAGCCCGGGGGCCUACGCGGCGGGCAUGCGCGGCCCCCCGCCGCAGGCGCCAGGUAUGCCACCAAUGGGAAUGGGGCCUCGGGGCGCAUGGGCCGGCGGGAGCGGGGGCGCGGCGGGGGCCUCCGCGCCUCUCAACUAUAGCGGGGGCUCCCCGGGCGCGUAUGGGGCCCCCCCAGGGUCCAACGGGCCCCCGGGACCGCCUACCCCCAUCAUGCCAAGCCCCCAGGACUCGUCGAACUCCGGCGGUGACAACAUGUACACGCUGAUGAAACCGGUGGGCGCUGGAGCCCUAGGGCCGGAGUACCCUCUCGCCGGAGAGCACGGGCCUUCGUCGCAGCACCUGCCGCAACCAGCCGCUGAAGGAUUGGGAGGUGUGGAUGGCAUGAAAUCAUCACCAGGUGGCGUUGGAGGCGGAGGCCCCGGGACGCCCAGGGAAGACUCAGGCUCCGGUAUGGGCGAUUACAACUUAAGUUUCGGAGGACCAGGCGGCGACCAAAACGAUCAAACGGAAUCGGCCGCCAUUUUGAAAAUAAAAGAGAGCAUGCAGGAAGAGGCGAAACGAUUCGAGAAAGAUCCCGAUCAUCCGGACUAUUUUAUGCAG